AUGGGGAAGGAAAGUAUAGUAAAAGUUGCAGCGAUGGGUAUUACAAUAUUGUUAUCCAUUUUGCAGGUGACAAUGGCGGUGAAGCAAACAUACAUCGUUCAGAUGGCUGGAGACGAACGGCCAAAGAGUUUCCCCGAUCACUCGACGUGGUAUGCCUCGUCUCUGGCGUCUGUGUCCGAGACAGCCGAGACGAGUUAUAUUUACGAGAAUGUUUUUGAUGGCUUCUCCACCAUCCUCACUUCAGAGGAGGCUGACCUGAUGAAGGGCCUUGAGGGGGUGAUAUCUGUUAUCCCAGAGACAAUCCACACGCUCCACACAACCCGGACCCCUCGAUUUCUUGGUCUCGAGAAAUCGAGCUCACUCCUUCCGGAUCCCCAACUUGUGAGUGAAGUCGUUGUUGGGGUCCUGGACACUGGCGUGUUGCCACAACACCCGAGCUUCAGUGACGGGGGGCAGCUGGGACCCAUCCCGAGUAGCUGGAAAGGGGGAUGUGAAGGGACAAUCGAUUUCCCGAAAUCCAGCUGUAACAGGAAAUUGGUUGGGGCGAGGUCCUUCUCGAAAGGGUACCAAAUUUAUCUCAAUUACAGUGGGAAUAAGAAUGGCGAGCCAAUAUCCCCACGGGACUACAAUGGCCACGGGACCCACACCGCAAGCACUGCUGUCGGGUCCCCUGUCCAAGGCGCCAACCUGCUGGGCUUCGCUAGCGGGACGGCGCGGGGGAUGGCAUCCACUGCUCGGGUCGCAUCAUACAAAGUCUGCUGGAAACCCGGGUGUUUCGAUUCUGACAUACUGGCAGGUAUGGACCAUGCCAUCAAAGAUGGCGUCCACGUGAUGUCGUUGUCGCUGGUUGGCGAUCCAACUGAUUACGACAAUGCGAUCUCACUUGGAGCUUUCGCUGCAACUGAUAGAGGCAUCCUCGUUUCGUGCGCCGCAGGAAACAAUGGCCCCUACCCGUACAGCACGGAAAACAUUGCACCGUGGAUAACGACCGUCGGUGCGGGGACCCUUGACCGCGACUUCCCGGCGGAUGUCAUGCUCGGGGACAGAACGAGUUACGCCGGCACCUCACUCUACAGCCUUCGAAAGCCACUGUCCGGUGAUCUCGUGUACGCUGGAUAUGUGAGCAACAACGGCAGCAAUCUUUGCAUUAACGGGACCCUCACCCCAGAGAAAGUUAGAAAUAAGAUUGUGUUGUGUGACCGCGGGGUGAAUUUAAGAGUUGAGAAAGGCGCAGUGGUGAAAGAAGCUGGGGGUUUAGGGAUGAUUUUGGCUAAUACUGACAAGGAAGGGGAGGAGCUGGAAGCAGACGCUCACAUGAUCCCGGCCACGAUGGUCGGCGCAAAGUCGGGGCGUGGGAUAAGAAGGUAUUUGUUGUCCUAUAGAUCCAAUGCCAAGGCCACUUUGUUGCGAGGGAUAACUAGGGUGGACGUCAAGCCUUCCCUGGUUGUCGCAGCCUUCAGCUCUAGGGGACCCAACCUUAUCACCCCCGAAAUCCUAAAACCGGACCUCAUUGCGCCCGGGGUGAACAUCCUAGCUGGAUGGACAGAUGCUGAUGGUCCCACCGGCUUAGAUAUCGACAAACGCAAAGUCCAAUUCAACAUAAUCACUGGCACGUCCAUGUCGUGCCCCCACGUCAGCGGCCUCGCGGCCCUGCUAAAGGCGGCCCACCCUGAGUGGAGCCCUGCCGCCAUUCGUUCGGCUCUCAUGACCACGGCUUACUCCAAUUACGAGGACGGGAGCCCGUUGCUGGAUGAAGCCACCAACAACGCGUCCACCCCAUUCGAUCAUGGUUCCGGGCAUGUGUCCCCUAUCACCGCCCUCAACCCAGGCCUAGUCUACAACCUAACCACGAACGAUUAUUUGAACUUUCUCUGUGCAAUAAAUUAUACUUCUUCUAGAAUCAAGACCCUUGCAGGGAAAACAACAAAAUUCCGUUGCCAGCCCAAAAAAUCAUACAGCGUCAACGACCUCAAUUACCCUUCCUUUGCAGCCACCAUUCCCCCAUCUGGAAAUUGUAAAACAACCGUGGUUUUUAGGAGAACACUCACAAACGUGGGAGAAAAUGGGACGACAUACCGAGUCUCGAUAUAUUCACCAAGACCGUCAGCCAAGAUUUCUGUUACUCCUAAAACAUUGGUUUUCGGCCAAAAGAACGAAGCAAAGUCUUACAAGUUGACGGUGGUAGCAACCCAGAUGUCGCCCGGUACAAACGCGUUCGGCAGAAUCGAAUGGUCGAAUGGGAAUAAUGUGGUGGGGAGUCCAGUUGCUGUUAGUUGGAUCAACGCUACUCAGGAUUAA